UUUUGAGAUUGACAUGUCAUGAGUAUAAUUCCUCACCAAAUUUUGGAGCCAAUUCCCUUUGGCAACCCAGCUGUAAACAACCAUAAAAGUAAACCAGAAAUAUGGCAUAUCCGUGUAGACCAACAGCCGGUACCACACAAGCAUCAACAAAAUCGAGAAAGUCCAUCAAAGAUUUUGCAGCUUGAGAAUACCAUUCAAUUUAUGAACAAACAGCACAAUGAGGUACUUCAAUCGCUACAGCAUGAAAUAGAAGUCCUAAAAAACAAAAAUAGAGACCUACAGUUUAGUGCAUUAACCUCUGACGAUUCCCGGUUGCUUAGCAAUCCCUCGUUUCAUCAUGUAAUACCCACUGGUUUCGGAGGAGGAGCAGGCGAUGCUUUUAACUCGACUGAUUCAAGAAGGACGAGAGGCCUGGAGGAGGAAGUAGACCGCCUAAAGGGGAUGCUUUCCGAACAGCGUGAACAGAAUAAGAAAUUGCAGGUGCUAAUUGAUGGGUACAAAAGAAGCAUACCGCUGACUAGUUCGGCUAAGAAAGACCAGUUAGAUCGAACACCUCCAUCUAGUGCUUCCCACCACAACACUCUCACUCGUCGCUCUCUCAAUGCCUCCCCCAUCGAUGACUUGGCAAGUACAAGUUCCAAACUACUGAUUGAGGAGGCUCUGCCCUUCAGCUUGAAGCCAUUUGUGGUCCACCCGCCAAGUGAAGAUGACAGAACACCCUCUUUGAACGAGUGUCAAGCAAUUAUAGCCCAACUUUCUUUUCAUUGCCAAAAUCAGCACCAGGAGCUCUCGGAACUGAAACAGAGUUUGAAGGAUGCCCUCUACUCGCAAAAGUGGACUCCAGAUGCAUACCUGCUUGCCAAGGCCAUAGUGAAUGACCCUCAGGACCACGAACAAGACAUGAGGCCACUAUCAGCUGACGAUAGGAGUAAAAAGAAUCGACAGGUGAAAAUUCCCGAUGCAGUGUACUCGAUCAAAGAGCACGGGUCCCUGCCUGCCCUCAGACAGACUCUGCAGCCUGGGGUGAUAGAACGACAGAAGAAGGUACACUCUAUGCAGAAGAAGCGCCUCAGGAGCUACAUAGUGUCUAAGAACGCAGAAGGAAACCAGCAGACAGGAGCCAUGAUGCAACCUCAGCCCCCUCCCCCUCCUCAGCCACCCACUCUGUAGAAAAACUAAUUAAACUUUAUAGUGCAAACUGUUGUUAUCAGCAGGGGCUAUUCUCAUGACAGAAGUUCCGAAUAGCAAAAAAUCCUAUCAAUGAAAAACUUGACUGUACUGAUUUAAAUUACCUAAACAAAACGAGGCUCACUUUGAUAUAGUUAUGUCAAUGAUCACCUGGGUAGUUUUGGUGUCAUUUUUCAUUGACUUAAAAACCAAAAAUGUUCCUUUUUUGAGGUUAAG